AUGAAAAAACAUGAGAAUAAAAAUAAGACUUCUACUUUCUGUGCUGUCAGAUACCUAGACAAGAAAUAUUCUAGAAAUCUCAACUUACCUUCUUCAGUCCUUGUAGCCGAUCCUCCAUUCAUCGUACAUCCGGAAGGCGAUGACGAUCCCUUCAAGGUCACUUGGGUUUUUGCUCAGGAUACGGCGGCUCAGCCCGUAGAGCCUGGGCGGAUUCUUGCCACCAGUCAUGAUCUUGAGAAACCUCACGAGAUUGGUCCCUGCGCCUUUAUUCUCGUGAAACUCAUCUAUCACGAUCGUCUGGUAUGGAGUGGCUUCGACAAGACGCGGGGUCUUGGUUCUCCUCGAGGUGUCCAGUAUACUAGUUAG